AUGAUAGUCUCUAAGUAUUUUAAAAAAAUCAACGACUUCAUUAACUUAGAGUUGUUAUGCAAGAAGUUUAGUGGCAAUAUGGAGAAGUUUCAUUUCAACCCGAUUUCGUUGAAUUUCAAAACAUUUGAAUACUUUUCAAACAUCGAGACACUUCACUUAUGGAAUAUAGAAGAUAAGACCUUUGGUAAUGGAUUUAUGAACAACACAAAAGAAAAUAAAGAUUGUGAAAAUAAAACUGUUUUAAAAAAAGAAUUUUAUCGAAUCAUCGUGUGGUAUUGUGUUGAUUUUGAAACUGUUAACAGAAACAAAAGUCGAAACAUCGAGUUUAAAAAUGUUACUUACACUAAAAACGAUAGAAAGAAAUUUGGUAAUAACAUACCAUCGAGUGUUACAUCAAUUGGUGAAUAUUGUUUCUAUGGAUGCAGAAGUCUAAGCAGUGUUACAAUACCAUCUAGUAUUACAUCAAUUGGUGAAUAUUGUUUUCUAUCAGAUACAGUCGUCCAUCGAAAUUAA